AUGACCGAAGAUGUUUGUCGUAAUUCUAAAAUAUUCAUAUCAAAAAGUCUUGAUUUUAUUUUGACAAAUAGUCAAUUGUUCACAACAAAUACUAAUACAAUGAAUAAUUUUUUCCAGAAUCAUGAUAAUGUUUCAACUUUAAUUUUGAAUGAAUACAUUAAAAAUUUAACAGAGAAAUUAAUAGAAUUACAAGCUUCGAAACAACAAUUAUUUAUAUGUAAUAUAAUACAUUUAUUAUGGAUGUAUAUACCACCAAUUAUAUUUAUAUUUGGAAGUUUAGGGAAUAUUUUAUCAUUUGUUAUCUUGAAACAUCCAUCAACUGGUUCAGUGACAACAUUUGUUUAUUUAAUUGCACGUUCAAUUGUUGAUGAGAUGGUUUUAACUGUUGGAUUAUUACGUCGAUGGACUGAUAAAAUAUUUGAUACAAAAUUUGAAAAUACAUCAAAUUUUCUAUGUAAAAUGAUACAUUUUUGGGGAACAUCAUCAAGCCUAUUAUCUGUAUGGUUAACUGUAACUUUAACAGCAGAACGUGCAUUAGUUGUUAGUUUUCCAUUACAUGUUACACGAUUAAUUAGUUAUUCUCGUGUAAGAAAUAUUAUCAUAAUUAUGAGUAUAUUAUGUGCAACAUUGAGUUUGCACUUUUUGUUCACUGUAGGAAUUACUCCACAUUGUUUACAGGAAUUUCCUAAAUCAUCAUCAUCAUUAUCUUCACAGUUGACAACAGAGCAAACUGUACAAAUGAAUCUGACCAAACCAUACAAUAGUCAUAAUACACAAAUAAAAUGUUUUUAUCAAUGUUCAAUCUUACCACAAUAUUCACCAUUGAAUUGGUACUGGUCAACAUUUGAUGCAAUUUUAUAUUCAUAUUUACCGUUCUGUUUAAUAUUUGGAUUUAAUGUGAUCAUAUUAAAAUCGGUGUAUCGUGCAAAUAAAGAACGUAAACGUUUGCGUGUAUAUAAUUGUUCAUUAAAUCAUACAAAAAAUGUAAGUUCAUCACCAACACCCUCAUUAAUUACGUCGAAAUCGUUAACAGUCAAAAAAUCUACACAAAUCAAUGAGACCAAUCCUAAUGUGAGACAAUUAACAAUUGUUUUAUUAAUUAUAUCAUUUUCAUUUUUAUUUACAACAUUUUCUAUUGUACUAAUAAAAAUUUUAGCACAGGUUUUAGAUUUACGCGGUACAAGUAAGCUAAAUGCUAGAAUUUAUUUUCGUUUAGCUGAUACAAUAGCUGAAUUAUUUAUGUACAUAAAUCAUGCAAUGAAUUUUUAUUUAUUUUGUGCAACAGGUAAAACAUUUCGUAAACAUUUAAUAUUAUUAUUUAAUCGAUGUAGACAUAUGACACUGCCUAGUAAUAAAACAAACACUAAAAACAAUCCUCAUUUUAUAUGUUCUGCAUGUAAAUGUUGUUAUUCAGUAUACUUUACUAGUUCUUUCGAUACUACUAAUAAUAAUAAAAUUUCUAAUAAGAUUGAAGUAAGCCAAAUUGAAACAAUGAAAACUAUUGAUAGAACAAAUUAUAAAGAUGUUGUUGUCACGUUGAAUUCACAAGGAUUAUAUACCUGUGACAUGAAUGAAAUGAAUGCAGUACCAGGUAUUCAAGAUAUAAGUACAACAACAGAGAUAAUGUCAGAUAAAUUGUAUACACCUUUAUUGAAUAAUUCAUGUAAUGUAUUCAUCUAUAAUAAUAAUGAUAAUAAUAUUGAAAAUAAUCAUGAUUAUGAAAUAAAUGAUAAUUAUAAAUGUCUUUCUAAAUCAUGCAACAAAUUCUACAGUAUUAAUAAUAAUCAUUUAUCAUCAACCGUUUUGCAUUCUCCCAAAAUUCUUCUAAAAACUCUUACGUACCAUCAUUUUGAUAAAAGAAAACCACAUCAACAUCAUAAGCAACAACAACAAGAGCAUGAUGAAAGCGAUGUAGAGGAUGAUAAAUAUUUAGAGAUGUAUUUCAUUGAUACAACCAAACAUUCAAACUUCAAAUCUUGUAGACGACAAACAUCUAAGGAAUCGUUACAAACUGUAUAACAACAAGAUGCAAUUUUUUUUUAAAAAGAAAAUCAAAAUUUCAGAUUUUUUUAUCUAGGAA